UCCGAACCACAGCAGUGGUCUUAAUGACGUCACAUACACACGCCCCUUGCAGGCGCUCGCCUGCCAAGCCGGCCGGUUUCUACUGGAAUCCAAGUGGCCUUCCUCAAUAUUGCCAGACGUAAUGUUGACAUAAACUCGACCUGUUGUUUCUGUAACUAGCCUGUCGGUAGAAAAAAAAACUUCCUGUGUUACUUGCCCCAGUGACAUGGAAGCUUUGCGUCAAGACGUGAAGGAUAAUCCGUCUUCAAAGGCUAAUCUUUUCUCCAAGCUUUUCUUCUGUUGGCUGAAUCCCUUGUUCAGGACCGGCUACAAGAGGAGGCUGGAAGAAAAUGACAUGUACAGGAUUCUUCCUGAGGAUGCUUCUGACAGACUUGGGGAGGAGUUAGAGUGGUACUGGAAGCAAGACGUUAAGCAUGCGGCAAAAGAUCGACGCCAGCCUCAACUCACGAGAGUCCUCAUAAAAUGUUACUGGAGAUCCUACGCGAUCACUGGAGCAUACGUCUUCAUACAGGAAGUCGUUAAAGUCAUUCAGUCAGUGUUACUCGGUACGCUCAUUGAGUACUUUGAGAGUGCUGAUGCCACAGGCCCAACGGCGGUCUACAAGGCCUACAGCUACGCGGCGGGCAUCUGCCUGUGCACCGUCUGGAUGGCCGUCCUCCACCAUCUCUAUUUCUACCAUGUCCAAAGAGCGGGCAUGAAAAUCCGUGUGGCCAUGUGUCACAUGAUCUACCGGAAGGCUCUCAGUCUUAACAAUACGGCGCUGACUAAAACGACAACAGGACAAAUUGUCAAUCUGCUGUCCAAUGAUGUCAACACAUUUGAUGAGGUAACCUUGUAUCUGCACUUUCUGUGGAUCACCCCCGUGCAAGCCGUAAUGGUGAUAAUAUUGUUGAUGUAUUGGAUCGGUCCAUCAUGCCUUGCCGGAAUGGCCGUCUUCUUCAUCCUGAUACCAGCGCAGACUAUGUUUGGAAGACUGUUUUCCAAACUGAGGGCUGACACUGCAGUCCUGACCGAUGACAGGAUACGCACGAUGAAUGAGGUCCUCUCUGGAAUUCGUGUGAUAAAGAUGUGCGGGUGGGAGAAACCCUUUGCUGUGCUUGUGGAUGAAGUCCGAAGAAUGGAAAUCUCCAAAGUAAUGAAAAGCUCCUACUUGCGCGGCUUGAACAUGGCGUCAUUCUUCGUGGCCAACAAGCUCAUCAUCUUCCUCACUGUUUGCGUCUACGUGCUGACGGGCAAGCAGUUGUCUUCCAGCACCGUCUUCAUGGCCGUUUCCCUCUAUGGCGCCGUCAAACUCACGAUCACGCUCUUCUUUCCCUUCGCCAUCGAGAAGGUCUCAGACUCCCUCAUCAGCAUUCAAAGAAUCCAAAAUUUUCUCCUUCUGGAUGAAGUUGCUCCUCAACAUCUGGGACUCCCGGUGGAAGAGAAAAAAGACUGUUUGCUGAAGAUUCAGGAAUUGGUGUGCUAUUGGGACAAGACCCAAGAAGCUCCAACUUUAGAGAAUGUUUCCUUCACAGUUGGACCCGAUCAGCUGCUCGCUGUAAUCGGUCCUGUCGGCUCAGGGAAGUCUUCGCUCCUCAGCGCCAUCUUGGGAGAGCUAAGCCAGGAAAGUGGCGUGAUCAAGGUCCGAGGGGAUCUGACCUACACUUCCCAGCAGCCCUGGAUUUUACCCGGCACUAUCCGGAGCAACAUCCUUUUCGGCCAAGAGCUCAACCACUUCAAGUAUGACCGAGUGCUGAGAGCCUGCGCCCUCAAGAGAGACAUGGAGCUACUACCAGGUGGUGACUUGGCAUCCGUCGGAGACAGAGGGGCCAAUUUAAGUGGAGGACAGAAGGCGAGAAUCAGUUUGGCCAGAGCAGUGUACCAGGAUGCAGACAUCUACCUACUGGAUGACCCCCUCAGUGCUGUGGAUGCUGAAGUCGGCAAGCACAUCUUUGAAGAGUGUAUUUGUGGACUUCUGAGGAACAAGCCGCGUGUUCUUGUCACUCACCAGCUGCAAUACCUGAAGGCUGCGCAUGAAAUUGUCGUCUUAAAGGAGGGUAAAAUGGUGGCCAAGGGGAGCUACAGAGAGCUGCAGAGCUCUGGUCUUGAUUUCUCCUCACUCCUCAAGGAGGAGGACAGUCAGGAGGAAAGACCAAGCACGACCUCCAUCAAGUCCAUGGCCUCCUUUUGCCCCUCCACUCUUUCUAACAAGUCCAUGUCAUCCAUUUCCUCCUUGUCCGCCUCCUGCUACUCGCUGAUGGAAGAGACGCUCACACUGGCAGCGCAACCCACGGAGGAGGAAAAGCGCAGGCAGGGAGACGUCAGCCUGCAAAUGUAUGUGAAAUAUUUCCGAGCGGGCGCUAACUUCCUGGUUCUCUUCCUCCUCAUUCUCCUCAACGCUCUUGCACACGUGGCGUUUGUGCUGCAGGACUGGUGGCUUGCUCAUUGGGCCGAACAGCAGCAGCAUGUUAAAGUAAAGCAGUCCCUCAAUGGCAGCCUCCCCACACAGCUGGACCUUGACCUGCACCUAAGUGUUUACGCAGGUUUAACAGGUGCAGCCGUGGUGUUUGGCUUCGUUCGCAGCUUGGUGUUUUUCAACGUCCUGGUGAGCUCGGCGCAGACCCUUCACAACGGCAUGUUUGACAGCAUCCUGCGGACCCCGGUGCAUUUUUUCCAAAUUAAUCCAAUUGGAAGAAUCCUCAACAGGUUUUCCAAAGACAUCGGCCACCUGGACUCUCUGCUGCCAUGGACGUUUGUGGACUUCACCCAGGUGUUCCUGCAAGUCCUCGGUGUGGUCAUAGUGUCCACCAUCAUCAUGCCCUGGAUCCUCAUCCCGUUUGUUCCUCUCUUCGCCGCCUUCCUGUGGUUGCGACGUUACUACCUUCAGACUUCCAGGGACAUCAAGCGCUUGGAGGCGACCACAAGGAGUCCCGUCUUCUCCCACCUCUCCUCUUCCCUCCAAGGUCUCAGCACCAUCCGAGCAUUUAAGGUUCAGCAGAGGUUUCAGGAGAUGUUUGACAGCUAUCAAGAUCUUCACUCAGAGGCCUGGUUCUUGUUCCUGACGACCUCUCGCUGGUUAGCCGUGCGCCUCGAUGGGAUUUGCUCCAUUUUCAUCACCUUUACUGCCUUUGGCUGCCUUUACUUCGGUGAUGAUAUGGACCCUGGCGCAGUUGGUUUGGCUCUGUCAUAUGCUGUGACAUUGACUGGCAUGUUCCAGUGGGGCGUCAGACAAAGUGCAGAGAUCGAGAAUAUGAUGACAUCCGUGGAGAGGGUGGUAGAAUACGCAGAGUUGAAGAGCGAAGCACCCUGGGAGACAGACACAAUGCCGCCGCAUGAUUGGCCCAAGAGAGGCUCCAUCACGUUUGACUCAGUCAACUUUUCCUACAGUGCCAGUGAGCCUUUGGUCCUCAAGAACUUGACUGUGGUCUUCCCAUCCAGAGAAAAGGUGGGCAUUGUGGGACGCACCGGCGCUGGUAAAAGCUCUCUGAUCUCAGCCUUGUUCCGCCUGGCAGAACCCGAGGGCAGGAUCAUGAUUGAUGGCUUCCGCACGUCUGACAUUGGUCUGCACACCCUCCGCCAGAAAAUGUCCAUCAUUCCACAGGACCCAGUUCUCUUCACGGGCACCAUGAGGAAGAAUCUGGACCCUUUGAGCGAGCACACAGAUGAGGACCUGUGGAAUGCACUCCAAGAGGUGCAGAUGAAGGCAGUGGUGGAGGAACUGCCUAAUAAGCUGGAGACCAUGCUGACCGAGUCGGGCUCCAACUUCAGCAUGGGCCAGAGGCAGCUGCUGUGUUUGGCCAGAGCCAUCCUGAGCAAAAACCGCAUCCUUGUCAUGGACGAGGCUACAGCGAAUGUGGACCCAAGAACUGACAGCCUGAUCCAGCAGACCAUCCGGGGCAAGUUUCAAGAGUGUACCGUCCUCACCAUCGCUCACAGGCUCAACACCAUCAUCGACUGUGACAGAAUACUGGUCCUAGAUGCCAGUAAGAUCCAUGAAUAUGAUGAGCCUUACGUGCUGCUCCAGAAUCAGGAUGGGCUCUUCUACCAAAUGGUCCAACAGACAGGCCGAGCCGAGGCUGCCUCACUACUGCACGCGGCAAAACAGGUGCAUGAGAACAAAAAACGCGAGGCCCGCCACCUCCAGGACGUCGUCUUUGAGACGUCUCUCUGACACUCUGGAGAGCGUCUCUGACCGCCGCCUGCUACCGAGCCCUACCGGAAGUAUUUAUUUAUUUGGCUGUGCAUUGAAACCGUCCACUUUAGUGUGUGUCUGUGCCUUUAUUGAUAGCGUGACUGUUUACUGAUAACACCGUGCUAUGUUACUGUACUGCACUGUGGGCUUCUCGGUGCGAAUUCAAUCCUGUGCCGGAGAUUGAAAGAGUGCACAUAUUGAAUGUGAAUGCGUUUAUUCCAUUGCACUAAACAAGUGACAGCUUUAAUUCUCCCUGUUUGAGCUACACACAGCUGAGCUUGGUAUUAUUUAGGAAAGGAGAGCUAGCUAAUGAGUUUGCACUUUCUUUCAAAUUAUGAGUCUUCUCGCACUUUGAACAACAUGACCAAUGUACUGUUUGUCAGCCUCAGCUCAGGAAACAACGGAUUGCUUGAAAUGUCGCAUGCCGUCUGCCUUGAAAAUAUUCAACAGUGGUACCUCUACUUACAAAAUUAAUUGGUGCUGGAACUAGAAAUUUCGAAAAAGUCGAGAUGCGUUUUCCAUGUAAAUGUCCUCUGUAGCUCAUGUUCUGUCUCAGAACAGGUGUUUGCCUGGCAUUUUGUAAAGAGCUGAUCCAAGGACGUUUGCUUUUGUCAGCUUUUAACAAUCCUUCGAAAACGUCCAAGGCAUAC